GCAAGUCAUUUUAUUACUAACAAACCCACCUCUGGUCCUUUUGUUGGUCCAAACUGCCCUGUUAUUGAUUAUCAAGAUUUCAAAACUCUUGGCUUUAGUCGUUCCAUUAUUGAUAUUGUCCGAAGGAUACUCUCGAAUAGUGCUUCCAUUUAUGUACCUUCUUACAAUUUCCUCUGGUUAUUAAUUUCCAAGCACAAUACUUCUUCGGUAUCAAAUAAGUAUCUUCGCGAUGCCAUCCAAUCUGUUAUCACUAAAUCGGCCUCCUCUUCAACAUUUUCACAAUUUUGGAACAGUGAUACACGGUUUUCUUUCAAACUAGGUCGUGUUAAACCUUGUGAUAUCUUAUCAUUAUUGGAUGUUUGUGCACCUUGGUUUGAUUCACAUCCUUACCCUGCUCCUUCUGAUUUUCGAUCACAGUGGAUUAUUUCUCCCCUUCUUAAUGACUUCCAAGUCGAAUUAUAUGGUGAAAUUUGGCUGUGUCGGAAUGUUCUUUUCCAUGCUUGGGAGGAGUCGCAGGGUAUCUCGGCUGCUUCUAAAUUACGUGGCCCAUCUACAAAUUCUUUCCCUAAUACUACUUCUCCACAACAACACAACUCUUCUUUGGCGUCAGUUUCUCAGGAUUCCUGGAUUUCUUGGAUAUCCUCUUCUAUAAUUCGGGGUGGAUCUUGGAUCUCGCACUUGGAUUUUCUGCGCCGCUUAACAGUUCAACCUCUUAGGAUUUCUUUCUGGUAA